CAAACUGAGGAGGUCUUUGUACUGGGACACAGGCACACAUCUAGAGGGGAGAGCGAGAGAGGGAAAGAGAGAGAGAGUGAGGGAGAGCGAGAGGGAGAGUGAGAGAGAGGGAGAGAAGUUUAGCCUGACUUCAGGUCUGCACUGCCACGGUCUGCAAUCCCAUCAUACACUCAUGCACUUAGAGCUCAAAUCUGGAUUAUAACUUCUCUUACUGGGAAAAUGAACAACCAGGGGUGGUCCCACACCCUGCACCUUGUCCUGCUGUGCUCACUGGGGACUGCCCUGCAGGUUAUUGAAGAACGAGGCUCCAGAGGACACUUGGACCUGACUGAGUUGAUAGGAGUCCCUCUUCCUCCCUCUGUCUCCUUCGCUCCUGGUUUUGAGGGUUUUCCAGCAUACAAGUUUGGGCCUGAAGCCAACAUCGGCCGGCUCACCAAGACUUUUAUCCCUGGCCCAUUCUACAGGGACUUCGCCAUCAUUGUCACAAUUCGACCAACGACCGCGAGAGGAGGGGUGCUGUUUGCCAUCACAGAUGCCCAGCAGAAGGUGGUGGAGCUGGGGCUGGCCCUCACUCCGGUGCGCGGGGGCCUCCAGAGCAUCCUGCUGUACUACACUGACAGAGAACAGGCCGCUCACAGUCAAAAAGCAGCUGCCUUCACUGUACCGCACAUGACGGACCAGUGGACGCGAUUUACGUUGGUUGUGGAGAGUGAAGAGGUGCGUCUGUACAUGGACUGUGGUGAAGCAGAGAGGACCACCUUCCAGCGCAGACCACACACACUCACUUUUUCACACAAUUCCGGCAUAUUUGUUGGAAACGCAGGAAGUACUGGCCUUGACAAGUUUGUGGGUUCCAUUCAGCAGCUUGUGAUAAGGGAGGACCCCAGAGCCGCGGAGGAGCAGUGUGAAGAUGAUGAUCCCUAUGCCUCAGGAUUCUCCAGUGGUGAUGAUUCUUUGGACGACAGGGAGGCAGAGGAGGAAAUUAUGAAGAACACACAGAGAAGAAAACCCAGCUUAGCACAGGAGGACAGUGUUCCGGUGAGCGCUCCACCCACUGAGGCCCCGCAGUCCAAACUAGAUGGAUACUCUGGUGAGAUGACUCCCACUAAGAGCACCGAACAUCUAAGAGAUUCUCAUAGGACUAAAGAGACUGAAGAGGGAGGCCACAAACUGAAGGGAGAGAGGGGCGAGCCAGGUCCACGGGGGCCACCCGGUCCUCCUGGCCCCCCUGGGUCCUCCUCAGCUCCAGGCAAAGGCCAACCAGGAUCCCGCGGCCCUCAAGGACCAACAGGGGCCCCAGGACUACCAGGGUUUCCAGGGAGAGAUGGCGAGCAGGGAACCAAAGGAGAAAAAGGAGAUCAAGGUCAAAGAGGGACUCAGGGAACACCAGGCCUACAUGGAGAAGCUGGAGCAAAAGGAGAGAAGGGAGAUCCAGGAGUGGGUUUGCCUGGUCCGCCUGGCCUUCCAGGACCCCCAGGACCACCCAGAUCACGCAGUGUACCAUAUGGAAACGAUGCACUGGGCUCUGGAUUUGGAGACCUCGACAUGGACACUGAAGUCAUCAGGGGACCUCCCGGCCCUCCCGGGCCACCUGGCCCUCCUGGCCCUCCCGCAUCCCACACAAUUCCUAAUGCAGAGGGACUCUCCCACAGUGGACCCCAGGGGCUCCCUGGAAAAGACGGUUUACAAGGAAGACCUGGAAUACCAAUUGUGGAGGAUUGGUUUAGUGGCUCUGGCUCCGGAGGGUCAGGUCUGAGCUCAGGGCUGGUCCCUGAACUGGACUCAGACCUGGGAUCUGGGUCCAAUUCUGAGUUCAGUUCUGAAUCCUCUUUUGACUUGAGUUCUGAGUUUGACUUUGGGUCCACUUCAGGUUCAGGCGAGGGACCAGCAGGAAAAGAUGGCGCUCCGGGUGUGCCAGGACAAAGGGGACAGAAAGGUGACCAAGGAUUGGCAGGCUUACCUGGACCAAAGGGUGAGUGUGGAUUAAUAGGCAGCACUGGUGCCAAAGGACUUGAAGGUCCCAGAGGCCCCCCUGGACAGAGGGGACCAGCGGGGCCCCCAGGGCCACCAGGGCCCCCGGGACUACCAGGAUCCAAGUUCUUUGUAGAGGAUAUGGAGGGAUCAGGAAAGAGUGACAUGCUGAUUGGUGCUGGAUUCAGAGGACCUCAGGGUUCUCCAGGUCUACCCGGUCCCAGAGGACCAAAGGGGGAAGACGGAGCCCCAGGUGCCCCAGGACUCUCAGUAAAGGGAGAGCCAGGCGACACAGGCCCAAUGGGUAUUCAAGGUCCAGCUGGACUACCAGGGGCGAGGGGAGCUAAAGGAGAAAAGGGCAGUCCAGGACUAAAGGGAGAGCCCGGCAAUGACGGACUCAGUAUCACAGGACCUCCUGGGCCUCCUGGACCUCCUGGGCCAAUAAUAAAUAUGGAGGAUCUACUCCUCAAUGUUACAGAUGGGAUAUUUAACUUCACUGUGAUCAAAGGACCACCUGGACCUGUGGGACCAGAAGGUUUGCCUGGCAGAGCUGGAUUUCCUGGACCUCGGGGACCAAAGGGAGACAUGGGCAGUCAAGGAGUUCAGGGUUUACCAGGCCUUAAGGGAGAGAAAGGGGAACCGGGAGUAACGAUUGCUGCUGAUGGAUCCAUCAUUUCAUCACCAAGAGGUCCUAUCGGGCCCAAGGGAGUAAAGGGUGAUCGUGGCUUGCCAGGUGCCACUGGACUUAUGGGUCCAAUUGGACCAACAGGUCAAAAAGGAGAGUAUGGAUUCCCUGGUCGUUCAGGACGACCUGGUGUGCCUGGAAGAAAAGGAGAGAAAGGGGAUUCUGCUGGCCCACCGGGCCCACCUGGCCCUCCUGGCCCACCUGGAAUCCCAGGAAGCAUUGUUGGGCUGAAUGGGACAGUGUUCCCGGUGCGCCCCCGACCGCACUGCAAACCGGGCCGAGGCUCAUAUUCACUAGGCGCCAAAGGAGACAAAGGAGAGGCAGGAUUACCCGGGGAGCCUGCCGUAUUUGGUCUUCCAGAUGGAGCCGAGCUGCGUCGAGGUGAAAAGGGUGAGGAGGGCUACAGAGGGCAGAAAGGAGAGAAGGGUGACAUGGGUCCUCCUGGUCCUCCAGGGUUGCCAGGACGAUCAGGACUGGUGGGUCCAAAGGGUGAGUCUGUGGUGGGUCCUCCUGGUCCUGUUGGUCCUCCAGGACUGCCUGGUGCUGCAGGGAUCGGACGUCCAGGUGCAAGAGGUCCUCCAGGGCCUCCUGGACCUCCAGGGUCAGCCUUUUCCUAUGGAUCAGUUACUCUUCCUGGUCCACCUGGUCCCCCUGGUCCCCCCGGGACUCCAGGAUAUACAAAUCCGAUCACAACAUACAAGAGCCUCCACGCUCUGAGCAGAGAGACCCACCGAGCUGCAGAGGGAACGCUGGCCUAUGUGUCAGAGAGGGGUGGGGAGCUGUACAUCAGGACACGCCACGGCUGGAAAAAAAUACAGCUUGGAGAGUUGAUCCAUUCGCCUUCAGCUGCGUCUCAGGCUUUGAGUCGACCUGGGGACUGGGGCAGACCUCCUAGGAUCCAUAGCCAGGAGCUGCAGGAGAGUGACAGGGGCUACCAGCCCAGCUAUAAUGUGCUGCCACAGACCUUCAACGCGGUCCCAGGGCUUCAUCUGGUUGCUUUGAACACACCUCUGAAGGGUGACAUGCGGGGCAUCAGGGGGGCAGACUUCCAGUGCUACCAGCAGGCUCGCUCCAUGGGGCUGACCACCACAUACAGAGCGUUUCUCUCCUCACACCUCCAGGACCUGGCCACUGUAGUUAGAAAGGCAGACCGCAGUGACAUGCCUGUGGUUAAUAUGAGGGGAGAAGUCUUAUUCGACAGCUGGAUGUCCAUCUUCUCUGGGAACGGAGGAGUCUUCAACCCCUCUGUCCCCAUUUACUCCUUUGAUGGACGCAACGUUCUGACUGACCCUGCAUGGCCAGAGAAGCUGAUUUGGCAUGGCUCCAGUUCGGUGGGCAUCAGACUGACCACAAACUACUGUGAGGCCUGGAGGACAGCGGAUAUGGCAGUGACGGGACAGGCCGCUCUGCUCCAGUCUGGACGUCUCCUGGGACAACACACGCGUGCCUGCUCCAACCACUACAUUGUACUUUGUAUAGAGAACACCUAUGUGGGCCACAAUAAUCCAAAAAGGACCUGAACACUGAAAACAGACAGAAUGGAGCUCCAUGAAGCAAGCCACAUUUAUUCAACAAAUUCAGGCACAUACACCGUACAAAAUGACACUGUUGACACGAGGGACAAAGCGAAAGGGCACUUCUCAAGAUGGCUACUAAUGUAGAAGUAUAGCAUUACAGAGUUACAGUGACUUUUUAACAACCAAGUUUUUUUUUCCUUUUUUGAAAUCUAGGCCUAGUUUUUGUGUAAUUAUCAGUAUUAAAUCCCACACUGUCUUGUUGAUGCAGCUAGAUUAAGUUGUCUUGCUUAGUUUUGUCCAUUAAUGGUAUAGAUAAUUGGAAAAUGCAUUACCUCUCUCCCAUUUUGUUAUGUGACCAAGGCUUGCACAGGGUGUAACAAAGUAUAUUUACUGUAGUGUUACCAUCAUUACAAAUAGGUUAACAUGGUUCAACCUAAUUUGUAAAGCCCUCAAUGUAUGUCCGAACCUGCCUUUAUUUUAUCAAUGUGAUUCACUGCAAUAACAGUUACUAGUGUAGGUAGGUCCCAUCAAAAGGAAACUGUUCUGUCCUUAAAGUAUAUUUUUUG